AUGCUUCCGCCUCCGCUUUCACACCACCUCCUUCUCUUCUGCAUCCAACUUGCCCUACUCGUCCUCGCUUGCUUCGAUUUGGUGGUCUCGGUGGUCCAGAGACCUACCGCGGUGAUGUUUCAGCGGCUCCGCGACGCCAUCGACUCUCGCAUCGCCGAGGAACAGGCGCGUCAAAAGUCUGCUCAGGACAAUAUCUCCCGAUCGAAUUCCGCCCGCCGCCCGCUCAACGGCACCCUCCCCUCCGGUCAACGUUCCCGCCCCAGACGCAACACGGGAACCCCUGUUCGCGGUCCUGAUCCCAAAGAAUUCGAGGCUGAAUUCGCGAUCGGAGACGAUGAAGAAUCGAGUCGCUCCGUUACGCCUCGUCUAGAGACGCCAGAUAAUGGUUCGGAGGCGACCACUGUCGUCGAAGGCGAUGCAGAGGACAGAGAGGACAAGAGCAAGACAAAGAUAGCCCCCGAUGAAUCCGAAAAGGACGCUGCUCGGGCUCCGGACACGGAGUCAACUAGCUUGGCGCCGACUGAAUUGCCGGCGGAGGUGAGGGGAAAGCUGCGGAGGCUCGAUAAACUCGAAGCACGAUACCAUGAACUACUCAAAGCAUACCGCACGGCGCAUUCGCGCGUCCUUUCGAUCGAACCGUUCGAAGCCGCCCUGCGCGAAUAUACGCCCCUCAGUUCGAUCGCCGAACCGAAAGCGCUCACAGAGUAUCUCAACCAGAUGUCGUUAAAGAGCGACAUGGUUGUGGAUGAGCUGAAGCGCGUGACCACCGACCGAGAUGACUACAAAAAGAAGCUGGAAGAGGCUCAGAAAACCGUCAAGGCCGCACACGACGAAGUGGCCGGGCUCAAGAAGGAGAGGGAGACGCCUACAAAAGAGGCGGAGAAGUCCCCUGAGCAGAAGGAGGAAGCCAGCGAAGAAUUCUUUUCCUUCGAUAACGAGGUUCCCCGUCUGGAGGGAGAAUUGAAGGAAAAGCAGCAGGAGGUCGACACUCUCAAGAUCGAAGUGGAUAGGCUCAAGAAGGAUCUAUCCGUCACCCGCGAGUCUACGGAAGGGAUGGUUCAGAAUCUGGAAACAUCAGCUCGUGAGCUCGUUGAGUUACGUGACACCAAGGACAAGCUGGAUGCCGAAAUCGAGGCAUUGAAGACUUCGAAGCAGAAAGAUGUUGAAGGGCUCAAGGCAAAGCUUGCGACAGCCGAGUCGUCUUUGGAAAAGACCACAUCUGAGGCCGAAAAGCUGAAGACCGAGCUGAAGGAAAAGGGCGACGAAAUCGAGAAGCUACAGGCUCAGGCCGCAGAGGCGGACAAGACGGCAAAUGCGGACCCAGAUCCUACCCUGGUCUCACAGCUGGAGGAGGCCAAGAAAGCGAAGGAUGCCAAUGAGAAGAAGAUGGGUGUUGUCCAGGGCUUGGUGGACAGUCUCCGGUCUCAGCUCAAGGAAACGGAGUCGAGCGUGUCGAAUUUGAAGAAAGAGGUUGAGCAAAAGUCCGAAGGCUCUACUAAGCUGCAGAACAUUGUUGAUUUCGUGGAUGAGGGCCUGAAGGGAAAUGCUGCUUGGAAGUCCGCCAAGGAGAAUGUAUCCGCUGGAAAGAAGGCCGAUUUCGAAGAGAUCCGCAAUAGCCUGGCCCCGGCCGAGGAAACCGCUGAGUCGAGCUCUCUUGUUCCGACUGCCGAGGCGGAGACACAACCUGCUGCAGCGACCGCUAGCACUGGUGCUGCUGGCGGAGGCGGCAAGAAGAAGAAUAAAAAGAAGAAGAAGGGAGGAAAGUCUGUAGAGGAAUCAUCCAAACCGGCAGAGACGGCUGCGGCAGUGGAGGCCGCUCAAGAAGAGUCCACAUCUGCGGUUUCCUCUGACGACGUCGACGGACUCAAACAAAAGAUCGAGUCGUUGACUCAGCUUCUGUCCGAGAAAGAGGAAGCGAUCGACCGUCUCAUCGCCACGCUGAAGGGCGAAGCAGAUCUGAAGGAGGAGAUAGAGUCUCUGCGGGAUGAUCUCGUCAACAUCGGACAGGAGCAUGUCGAAGCCAAGGACAAGAUCAAGGAGCUGUCCGCCGAGAAGUCUGCCCUGGAAGAAACCAUCAGUAAGCUCGAGAAUGAGCUGGCCGAAGUCCGCACCAGUAAUGCCUCCAGCUCUGCUGAUUCCGAGAAAAUGCACAACGACCUCAAGGAUGAGUUCGAGCGUCUCAAGACCCGGUCGGCUACAUUGGAGACCGAUCUUUCCGCCGCACAGCAAUUGGCUGCCACGCGGUUCAAGGAUCUCACCGACUUGCGUGAGACUCUCCAAAAAAUUCAACCUGAGCUGCGCAGCCUGCGCGCUGAAUCAUCGGAGUUGAAGACACUGAAGGAAACUAUGAUCAGCAAGAACGGUGAACUGAGGAACCUCGAGUCUAAACACGCGGAUCUCCGCGCUGAGCUGAAAUCUGCCAAAACCAGACUCUCUGAGCGUGACUCGGAAGUCAACACCUUGAACAAGAAGAUUCGUCAAGAAACAGAUAGUCGUCUCAAGGCCGAGGAGCAGCUUACCGUUGCUCAAUCAGAUCUGCGCUCUGCCGAAGCCAGAAAGCAGGACGUUAUCAACGCCAGAGACAAGACUGUGGGAGACCUCAGCAAGGCUCAGGAUGGUCUGAAGAGCUCGCGGGUUAAGAUUCGUGAGAUGGACGAGCAGAUGUCCCAGUUGAGCAAAGAGCUCGAGGGUCUGAAGGAGGAAAUUCAACUGAAGACUGCACAGCAUGCCAGUGCCCAGAGUCUGAUGGGUAGUAUGCGUGAUCAAACUGCCGAGAUGGCCAUGCAGAUGAAAGAAGUCAAGGAGCGGUGCGAUAGUUUGGAGGAAGAGCUGUCCGAUGCCCACCGCUUGCUGAGCGAGCGGACCCGCGAGGGCGAGACCAUGCGGCGGCUGAUCAAUGACAUUGAGAGCCGUGCGGAGGCCAAGGUGCGCGACUUCAAGGAGCGCAUGGAAGCCGCUAUUGAGGAGCGCGACCGUGCCGAAGAUGAGGCAAGUGCACAAGGCCGUCGCCGUGCCCGCGAACUGGAAGAGUUGAAGGGCAAGGUACGCGAAGCGGAACGUGCACUGCGCACAGCCGAAGAGGACAAGGAAGAUCUCGAGCAUUCGCAAAAGGACUGGCGCCGUCGUCGCGAUGAGCUUGAAUCCCACGCGGAGCGCUCUACACAAGAGCUGACUGAGAUCCGCCAAGCCAUGGCCGGUCUCCGCGAGCAGCUUGACGAGAGCGAGCAGCACGUACGCGACCUUGAGAAAGAGAAAGCCGAGCUUCGCCGAUCUGUCGAGGAAACCAACAACCGGCUGGAAAAGUUACGCCGAUCGCAUAAGACGCUCGGUGAGGAUGUGCGUCUCCGUGGGUUGGAGUCUGGCCGCCAAUCGUCCCGGUCGUCGAUGGACUCUGGUACUCGCCGGCCCAGUGGCGUCCUUUCUCCUCCAACUCAAGAGCGCAGUGUGUCUAGUCGAAGAAGUGAGACCCCCUCUGGCACUGGCAGCGGCGGGGCUAGUGGGUCGAUCGACUACAUGUACCUCAAAAACGUUUUGUUGCAGUUCAUGGAGCAGAAGGACAAGAGUUACCAGAAGCAGCUGAUCCCUGUGCUGGGGAUGCUGCUCCAUUUCGACAGAGCGGACGAACAGAAAUGGAUGUCGGCCAUCAUGUCCCGCUGA